AUAACAUAACUAACUAGUGCUGUAGUGCAUUAUGCAUUAAAUUGCAUUUCAAAGAUCAUCUUCCUCUCUAUGUCUCCCUUUUUCAAUUCUAAUUUCUGGAGCUCCUCCGUUAUUCCCUGUAAGUUCUUUCUGUCCACCGGAAUACUUUUUCUUUGUUCUACUCUUUCUUCUUUGGUCACGGGGUGCGGCGUUAAUAUUUCAAGGGGUGCGGUGUUAAUAUUUCAUAUGGGGCGCAUCACGCAUAUAUACUAACCGAAAAAAAGUCAUGGGGUGCGCCCGCCCCCCUUGGGGACAACCUAGGUCCGCCCCUGGGCUUGGGCCGACCCUGUUAUUAUACAGUUUAAAUUGUUCAACCUGUAUAACACACGGGGAACUAACCUAGUUUUAUUAUAAGUUAGAUUAGAUAAAACUUUACAAAUUAAAAAAUAACAAAAAACUUGAAAUUAGCUAGAAACCUAGCUUUAGCCGGAGCCACACCCCGCGGGAAAUAGGAAGAAGAUGGCGGGAAAAUGAAACCCUGGAAGGUUCUGGUCCCGAAUUACUUAAAACAAACACCCUGCUAGCUAGCUAGCAGUAUACAUCCUCCUCUGAUAAUAUAUAUACACGUCAACUGGGUCUUGUUAUACGUACGUUCUCUGCUUUGAAAUGGGUAAAAGAAAGAAGUCAAACUCAUCAUCGAUUCAUGAAGAAGAAGAAGAAGACCAACAAAAUCAGACCGAAUCUUCAUCCUCUUCCAAUGAUAAGAGCUUGUACGAGAUACUUGGGGUGGAAAAAACUGCGUCUCAACAGGAAAUAAAAAAAGCAUAUCAUAAGCUUGCACUGCGGCUACAUCCUGACAAGAAUCCUGGUGAUGAGGAUGCCAAAGAAAAGUUUCAGCAUCUGCAGAAAGUUAUUUCGAUACUUGGUGACGAGGAGAAACGCGCAGUUUAUGACCAGACUGGAUGUGUUGAUGAUGCUGAUCUUGCUGGAGAUGUGGUUCAAAAUUUGAAGGAUUUCUUUCGAACUAUGUAUAAAAAGGUUACAGAAGCUGAUAUUGAGGAGUUUGAAUCCAACUACCGAGGAUCCGAGUCUGAGAAAAACGAUUUGCUUGAUCUUUACAAGAAGUACAAAGGUCGUAUGGACAGGCUCUUCUGUUCCAUGCUAUGCUCAGAUCCUAAGCUUGAUUCACAUCGUUUCAAAGAUAUACUCGAUGAGGCAAUUUCUGCUGGAGAAUUGAAGUCAACCAAAGCUUAUCAAAAAUGGGGUAAAAAAGUUUCUGAAACAGAACCACCCACAAACCCGUUGAAGCGUAGGGGAAAGCCAAAGAAAGAGUCGGAUGAUUUAUACGCUAUUAUUUCACAAAGGCAAAGCGAAAGGAAAGGACGGGUAGACGAGAUGUUUUCGUCUUUGGUGAGUAAAUAUGGCGGAGGUGAACCGUCUUCAGAGCCUACCGAAGAAGAGUUUGAAGCUGCAAGGGAAAAGCUCAAGAAACGCAAGGGUUCUAAGAAAUCUAAGUGAAACUUAAUCGAAUUGUUAUAUUAUCAUUUGGGUUGUCUUCUGGUUCUAUCGGUUGCCUUCCGAAACUAGUUUAUUAAUAUUUCGUAUCGACUCUAUAUCUGUUUUGAUUUUAAAGUUGAACUAGAUUCUGUCUCCAGCUAGUGGUAUUUAUGGUCCAGUUUAUUCUGUUUUGACAAAA